GGAGGAGGUGGGUUUCCAUCAUUUCUUCCCAAGGAAAUUCACAAUAUCAGAGACCCUUCAGCAAGGACCUUGGCUCAGAGAAUCCGAAGAGUUCCUGUGCAGAUUGGAUUUCCUGAAAAUUGCAUAAUGAGUAGCUGCGUGACACCGACCAUGUAUCAUGAUUCCAAUCCUGUGGUUCUUCUCCACUGUUUUGACAGUUCUUGUUUGGAAUGGAGAAGUGCAUAUCCAUUGCUCGAAAAAGCCGGUUUAGAGGCUUGGGCUAUAGAUAUUCUUGGAUGGGGUUUCUCUGACUUAGAAAGACGUCCGCCGUGUAAUGUAGCAUCUAAAAGAAACCAUCUUUAUCAGCUAUGGAAAUCACAUAUCAAAAGACCAAUGACAUUAGUUGGACCAAGUCUUGGUGCAGCAGUUGCAAUUGAUUUUGCAGUCAAUUUCCCCGAAGCUGUUGAUAGUUUGGUCUUGAUUAAUGCAAGCGUCUAUGCAAAAGGCACGGGAUAUAUGACAAAAUUACCGAAAACAAUGGCAUAUGCAAUGGUCUCUCUCUUGAAGAGCAUCCCCAUACGGUUCUAUGCAAAGCGGCUAGUUUUUGAGGGUCUUCCUUUAUCUAGGACCAUAGAUUGGAUGAAUGUUGGCCGCCUGCACUGUUUCUUACCAUGGUGGGAAGAUGCUACAGUUGAUUUUAUGCUGAGUGGGGGCUAUAAUGUUUCUGGGCAAAUAAAACAGGUAAUCGGAAAUACACUUGCCACUUCCCCAUGCUUGAUGAAGAUCACUAAUUCAUCAUAUAUAAAAGUGCAUUUUUCUUUACCUCGAAUGUUUCCCUGUGGAUAAACAAAAAGAAUUGAUAAAACUAAGGAGAAAAGUGAAAG